CGCUGCGAAGCCGGCUUCCGGAGUCUCAUUUCGUCGGCGGGUCUCGGUGGCGUGCGAGCGGCGGUGGAGAUGAGGCAGAAGCACUACCUUGAGGCUGCGGCGUGGAAGUUACACGCUAGUUGCCCGAGUGAGGCCCGCUAUCUCCUCUGGGCCUGCAGUUCGUCGCAAGACCAUAAAAGCACUUUUGAAGGAACAUGUCCAUACUGUUUCCAAUUGCUGGUUCUGGAUAACUCUAGAGUCCGCCUCAAACCCAAGCCCAAACUGACACCCAAAAUACAGAAACUUCUUAACCAAGAAGCAAGAAAUUAUACACUCAGUUUUAAAGAAGCAAAAAUUGUGAGAAAGUACAAAGAAUCCAGAAGUCUAUUGUUGAUUACUUGUAAAACAUGCAACAGAACAGUUAAGCAUCAUGGUAAAAGCAGAAGCUUUCUGUCAGCAAUGAAGAGCCAUCCUACCACUCCUACAAGUAAACUCAGCCUGAAGACACCAGAGAGAAAGACUCUAAAUUCUGCAAACCUAAAUCAUGAUACAUCUGGUUCCAAAGGCAAGAGUCCAGUAUUGAUUUUCAGAACACCUAUAUCUGGACAGUCAACACCCACUUCCUCUUCAAAGAAUGUGAGCAAAACAAAGAAACGCUUCUCUCAACUAAAAAUGCUGCUUAGUCAGAGUGAAUACCAAAAGAAUCCAAAAGUGGACUUCAGAAAUUUCUUAUCUUCUUUGUAAGGGAUGAACUAUAAAAAUAAGAAAUGUUCGAUGCAAUUUCUGAAAACAAAGUCAGAAAAUCGGCUUGUAAAUACAUGUUAACUAGGGUCCAAGAGCAAACUUUGUGACAUUCUUCAGUGUUUACAGAGAAAAUAUCUCAUUAGAAUGAAUAACUGAAACCUGCCUACGUCACAGGGUGGUUGUGAGGAUUAGAAAUAUAAGAAAGGUCCUUGUAAGUAAUAAAGAUACAUUGUGUAA